AACACAUUACGAGUUGGUCAACCGCGCGUGGUUAAGCAGUCUCGUUUACCACGGUUAGCCUAACCCAGUUAAACUGGGUUGGGGGAGCAGCCAGAAAAAUCAUGCAGUAGGAAACAUUCGUGUUCUAGGAUGGCAAUUUUAUUGGUUUGAUGUUCUCCUCCUGAAUUGGGACUUGUUUUGAUUUAGGAGAUAAGAUGUCUGGAGAGGCGCCUGAAUUGGAGGUGGAGGGGGAUGUGGUGGAGAGUGUAAUGGAGGCAGUGAAUGAGAUCACAGGGAUUGGGGGAGAAUGCAGGAGUGUAUUUAAGAAGGAAUGCGCUAAUCUUAACAGGCGGAUAAAAUUGCUAACACCCAUGUUUGAGGAACUUAAGGAGACAAAGGACCCAUUGCCACAGGAAACAUUAGAAGUCCUCAAAUCCUUGCAGGAGGCCCUAAAAUCUGUCAAAGAAUUGCUUAGAUUUUGUCAUGAAGGCAGCAAGUUGUAUCAGGUUCUAGAAAGAGAGCAACUUGCAAGCAAAUUUUGGGAAGUUACUACUCAGUUGGAGGAAGCUCUCAGUGGGUUGUGUUAUGAAGAACUUGACUUAUCAGAUGAAGUUCGAGAACAGGUUGAACUGGUACAUGCUCAGUUUAAGAGAGCAAAAGGACGGGCUGAUGCACCUGAUUCAGAGCUUCAUGAAGAUCUUUCUACGGUACUGUCUCAGAGAAGUGACAAAGAUGUUGACCAGAUGGUCCUCAAAAGACUGUCAGAAAAGUUACAACUCAAAAGCAUUGCUGAUAUUAAGCAAGAAUCACUAGCACUACAUACCAUGGUGACUGAGAGUGAAGGAGACCCAGGAGAGAGAUUAGAGCAGAUGUCAGAUAUUUUGAGGAGGUUAAAAGACUUUGUCUUGACGGAGAAUCCUGAGAUGGAUGCUCCUGACAAUGAGAAAGGCUCUCAUACCUGUACUGCUCUUACAGAGAAAUCUAGCUCCCCUGUUAUCCCUGAUGAUUUUCGCUGCCCUAUAUCUCUAGAGCUAAUGAAAGAUCCUGUUAUUGUGGCUACCGGACAGACAUAUGAGCGGGUUUGCAUACAGAAAUGGUUGGAUUCAGGACAUAGAACUUGUCCCAAGACACAACAGAUGCUGCCACACAUAGUUUUGACACCAAACUAUGUAUUGCGAAGUCUGAUUGCACAGUGGUGUGAAUCCAAUGGUAUUGAGCUACCAAAGAGAUCAAGCUCUAGCAGAUGUGGAAAGUCAUGUGGAUCUGUAUUGGAUAACUCUGGUGACCGAGCCACUGUUGAUGUUCUUCUCCAAAAGCUGUCAGUUGGGACUCUUGAAGAACAAAGAGCGGCAGCUGGCGAAUUACGCCUUCUAGCAAAAAGGAAUGCUGAUAACAGGAUUUGUAUAGCAGAGGCCGGGGCCAUUCCUUUACUAGUUAAUCUUCUGUCCACACCAGAUGGAAGAACACAAGAGCAUGCUGUGACAGCUCUACUUAACCUUUCCAUUUAUGAAAACAAUAAAGGGGCAAUAGUUAUGGCUGGGGCAAUUGCUCCAAUUGUUGAGGUUCUCAAAAAUGGUAGUAUGGAAGCAAGAGAAAAUGCUGCUGCAACUCUCUUUAGCUUGUCAGUUGUCGAUGAGAACAAGAUAACAAUUGGUGCAUCUGGAGCAAUACCUGCUCUGGUUGGCUUGCUUCGUGAGGGGAGCCAGAGAGGUAAGAAAGAUGCUGCUACAGCACUAUUUAAUUUAUCAAUCUAUCAAGGUAACAAAGCAAGGGCCGUGAGGGCUGGAGUUGUGGCCCCUUUGAUGCAAUUACUUGUAGAUCCUAGUGCAGGGAUGGUUGAUGAAGCCCUGGCCAUUUUGGCUAUUCUUGCAAGUCACCAAGAAGGUAAAAUAGCCAUCGGAAAUGCUGAUGCUAUUCCAAUAUUAGUGGAUAUAAUCAGAACUGGUUCACCUCGAAACCGGGAAAAUGCAGCAGCUGUCUUACUUGCAUUGUGCACAAAUGAUCCCCAAAAUCUAAUUGUAAUCAAAGACCUUGGAGCUUUAGAACCCUUAACAGAUUUGGCUCAGAAUGGCACAGCAAGAGCCAAGCGCAAAGCAGUUUCUCUAUUAGAGCAUAUGAACAAGCCAGAGCAAGUCCCAAGUAGUCAAUCUUAGGAAUUUAUAAAUGAACUGGCUUCAGAUGGUUUGCUGGUGCAUGUCUUUUUGGUAUGGUGAUCAAAGAUCAUCUUCCUGUGGUUGUAUCAUAUAUUUAUUUGAGAGCUGAACCUUGUAUCCUGGCCAUACGGUGACAUCCAAGUGGCUAUGAGAUAAGGAUGUUGGGGUGUGAAAAAUAAUAUAUUUUCUUAUAUGUUGGAAGGCACGUGGUGUGAACAAGUGCUUGAAGCAAUCUGAUCUUUGGAAGAACAAGGCUUUUUCUCUUUAGAUCGGAAGGGUUUGAACUGGUGUGUAUUUUGUGUGUGUCAGUUAUGAAUAUUUAAGCAUUUGUUUAGUACUCUAAGCGUGCAAGAUUGUGUAAAAAGACUGAAACUUCUAUCAAUUGGAGAUGAUGCAAAUUAAGGCAAAA